GUCUUUGCCCCACCCCCUCCACCCUCUUGGCAGGCAAUUCUCGGGCCAGCAGUUUAACCCUCCGAGUGCGUAUAGGCGGGGCUUUCCCGGAGAAGUUACUGGGAACUGGUGGCAGGGGGAGGGAUAGGUAGAAAAUGACCGUGCAGAGUGGGCGGGGGAACGUCAGAGCGCGAUGAUGUUAUCGAGGAUGGGCCAAUGGGGCUUGGUGAUGGGGCCGGCGCGGUGACGAAGAAUAUGUCGGAAUGUUGCGGCGGCUCUGACCCGGUGCUGAGGUAAGCGCCGCGGCUGGCUGCAGACUUGCCUCCUCGUCUUAGACCUUCGAUGAUUCGUUUGCGGCGCGAAGCCUCAGGCCUGCUUUGUGGGACUGCCCCUGGUUUCUCUUGCCGUACUGCAGUAGUCGGACUUCCUUUGGAGUUGAGAACACAGUGACAGGGCUAGCCUGCAGCCAUGUCUACGUUCAGGCAGGAGGAUGUGGAAGACCACUAUGAGAUGGGUGAGGAGCUGGGCAGUGGUCAGUUUGCAAUUGUACGGAAAUGUCGUCAGAAGAGCAAUGGUAUGGAGUAUGCAGCUAAGUUUAUCAAGAAGCGACGCUUGUCAUCCAGCCGUCGCGGGGUGAGCCGGGAGGAGAUAGAAAGGGAGGUGGACAUUCUUCGGGAAAUCCAGCACCCUAACAUCAUUACCCUUCAUGACAUCUUUGAGAACAAGACUGAUGUAGUAUUAAUCUUGGAACUGGUUUCUGGGGGUGAGCUCUUUGAUUUCUUGGCUGAAAAGGAGUCCCUAACUGAGGAAGAGGCUACCCAGUUCCUUAAGCAGAUCUUAGAUGGUGUCCAUUAUCUGCACUCCAAGCGAAUUGCCCAUUUUGAUUUAAAGCCAGAGAACAUCAUGCUUCUGGAUAAGAAUGUGCCCAACCCUCGAAUCAAGCUCAUUGAUUUUGGUAUUGCCCAUAAAAUUGAGGCAGGGAAUGAGUUCAAGAACAUUUUUGGAACCCCAGAGUUUGUGGCUCCUGAGAUUGUGAACUAUGAACCAUUAGGAUUGGAGGCUGAUAUGUGGAGCAUUGGCGUGAUCACAUACAUUCUUUUGAGUGGAGCAUCACCAUUCUUGGGGGAAACCAAGCAGGAGACUCUCACCAACAUUUCAGCUGUGAACUAUGACUUUGAUGAAGAGUAUUUCAGUAAUACCAGCGAGCUGGCCAAGGACUUCAUCCGACGACUGCUUGUCAAAGAUCCUAAGAAAAGGAUGACCAUUGACCAGAGCCUGGAGCAUUCAUGGAUUAAGGUGAUUAAGAGGAGGAAUGUGCGGAAUGAGGACAGUGGCAAGAAGCCAGAGCGGCGUCGGCUGAAGACAACCCGCCUCAAGGAGUACACUAUCAAGUCUCACUCAAGCAUGCCCCCAAACAACACAUACAUUAAUUUUGAGCGCUUCUCUAAGGUUCUCGAGGAGGUGGCAGCAGCUGAAGAGGGCCUUCGGGAGCUGGAACGAAGCAAGAAACUGUUCCGUGAGGAUAUUGAAGUCCUAACUUCGAUCUAUGAGGAGAAGGAAGCCUGGUAUAAGGAGGAAAAUGAGAGCAUUGGCCAGGAUCUGAGGCUGCUUCGUCAGGAACUGCACAAGACAGAGGCACUGAAACGGCAGGCCCAAGAAGAGGCCAAGGGGGCUCUGCUGGGGGCUAAUGGGCUGAAACGCCGCUUCAGCCGCCUAGAGAACCGCUAUGAGGCCCUGGUUAAGCAAGUGGCAUCAGAGAUGAGGUUUGUUCAGGACCUGGUUUAUGCCAUGGAGCAGGAGAAAAUGCAGGAUGGGGACUGCAGUGUGCGUUAGCAGCUCUCCAGACUGGAGGAGAGGAGUGCCAAGAGAGGGGGGAAGAGUCAGACUUAAUGCCAAACAACCCUCUGAGGCGAAGGGAAACUGUGAUUGAUACCUGGAUGAAGAUUAGAGCGUCUGGGAUAUAUCCCUACCUCUCUUAGGGCCCCCUAGCAAAGAGCAGAGACAGUGCUGACAUUCCUUUUUUUACCCUCCCUGGGAAGCUCUGAUUCAUUUCUGGGUCAGAGAGAUAGGAGGCAGGGAUUGGCCAAAUGGAAUGUCAGAGCAAAAUAAGAAUUAAUGUACUGAGCAACAUUGAUUUUUGCAACAUUGCUGCUUACUUUGACUUAGUCAGUUUGGAUUAGGUGAAUUGAAAGAUACUAGCUUCCUUUAUUCUGCUUCAGGGCUGAAGAAUUUUCCCAUCUUCAUGUAACUGAGGGGAUAGUCUAGGCUUGAGGGUCACUGCUAUUGUCACUACUACCCCCUCGCCUGUAAUUCAGAAAAAGUACAAAUGUUGCUUUUGCCCCAGGACAAAUGACCGAUUUUCUGACUCCGGAGGAACCUCACUGUGGACUCUGAAUGGAGGACAACACCAGCAGAGUCUGUUACAUGCACCGAGAGAAAUUCUAAACAGAGCCCUCCUAUCUUGAGCUGACCUUAUUUGAGAAGAUACCUCUGUUAGCCAAGACUUGCAGAGGCACAGGCUACUUGUAGCUAUAAGCCAUAAUUAAAACAUGAAUGAGAAUAAAAUAGGACAUCCUUCCAAAGUUAGACGUAAUUGGAAUACUUAGGUAUUUUUUUUAUUUUAGCAAAUUUUCUUCUAGCCUUUUCUGGGUAAAUGCACUAAGUGACAAGAGAUCUUGCUACUGUGUAAAGUCACAGUUGAUAUUAAACAUAGAUCAUUCAAACUGUACAGGCCCAGUGACUAUCCUGGCGCCUUCCUUACUUCUGAUGCCUGGCUCUUGGCCUACUGGCUAGGGCCAUUUCUCAUGCAGUACCUGGGUGAAAAGACAGGCCAACAUCCAAUUUUCUUAGGUUUUUGUGACAAUGGCUGCAGCAAAGUCCAGUGUGAUGUGACUGUUUCAGACUCGUUACCCAGACCGCUUCGAGAAGACGAUCUGGGCUGCUUCCUUAUUUUCAUCUCCCAGGCCAGUCUGCCCACUCUUGCUGCCUUUCCCUUUCACUGCUAGCAGUUCUAUUGUGCAGAAUGUCCCAAAGAUCUUAGUAGAGUUGUAAUCUGUUGGGAUUUACACUGCACUAAACCUCUUGGGAUGUCCUGUAUUUUUUGAAGCUAUAUUUCAGAAACCUGUUGGGCCAUUUCUGGCUGUAUCCAGGCAAGCUCCUUGAGGGCAAGGACUGUUUUGUUUUUUAGAGUGGGUUUUCUCCAUUUGUAGUCGCACUUGUACUACCUACCUCACAGAACUGUUGGGGAAGGAAAGUGUUUUGCAAACCUUAGAGUGCCAUAUCGAUGUGAGUUAUUAUCUUGCUUUCCCCUAAGGGACCGUGUCCAUAUUACCUUAUACUGGGCUGUGGAUUCUCUUUUGAAUGCUGAGUCAAGUAUUUUGGCUUCAGAGACUUUCUUCUUUUCUUGAGCUCCUGAAUGAGCAGCUAAUUGUAGGAUUCAGCAAACUUAAUCUGAUUUCGUAUUUAGAUAACUAGAGUUUCACAUUUAAACUCUGUAGAGCCCUAUUUCUACUAAGUGCUGAGGGAGAUAAAAAGAAAUUCCUGGCUCCUGACCUUAUGGAGCUUACAGUCUUUUUGGUCAUAUUGAGAAAGGUUAAAACCAGGAGUCAUCUAACUCACUAGGAUCAAAGGGAGCCACUAAACCUUAAGUAAGGAUCUCUUAGGGCUGCAUAUUGACUUAGAAAACAACAUAUUAACAUCUAUGUUGUAUUGUAUUUUUAUUUAUUUUGUUAAAUAUUUCCCAAUUACAUUUUAAUGUGUUUCAGACCCCAGUUUUGCAAGCUGCAACAUUUGUGUUUGAUACCUCUGAUCUAUCUUCAUUUUACAGAUUCAGAAAGAAACAGGUCCAGAAAAGUUGUGACAUGUCCAUAGGGGAAGGGAAAGGACAUUUUAAAAGCAUGAGUUGUUCAUGGGAUCCUAGUUGCAGAGCUUGAAGAGGGCUCAGAGGUCAGUUAGUUUAAUCCUUCCAUUUUUCACAUGAAGAAAUGGACUCAAAUAAUGUAGGGAUUCCAUCCGGGUAACUUGCUGGAACCUAUGGAACCCUAGAUCACUGAGCCCUAGGGACUCUUUGCAGGUCAUGUCAAAUAUUUGGUGCAUAGUAAUGCCCUCAAAGCAUGGGCAUACACAGAAAGGAACACUUAUAAACUCAUGCCCUCAAAUUAGAGGCACUUAAUGGAGGAGUCCCUUUAUGGAACGUCUAGAGGCUAUUCUACUGAGCUUGUUGUGAAGGGAAUCCAGUUUUCCCAGGAGUUUCCAAUAUAGAAGAAUGUUCAUCCAAUGUAUUGAAUCAAAUACUUUUUCUGGUGAAUAAUGAGUUCAUAUGGUGGUCACUCAUGACAUUCUGGAUGUUUCUAAUUCUAGCAUCUCUUAUUUCACUUUUUUUCUUCCUGUUAGCCUUUCCUCAGAUCCCAAUUGGGGAUCCUAAUUCCAGUCUUGGUUCUUAGAACUUAGUCCUGUUCUUCUUUUGGGUUGGAUAAUUUAGGUUAUGUAAUAGGCAGUAAUACUGUACUUGGCUACCAGAUGUUGCCUGCUAGCAAAUGCUGGCCUGAAAAAAGUUUAAGGCUGUAGAUUUUGUAAAAUGAAUUAGUCCCCAACUUAGUUCUAACUAAUUCUGAAAGUUUGGAAAGUCCGCCAGAGCAAGUUGACUUAUUCAAGUUAAAAAUACUUGUAUAGUUGUUGCCCAGAGAGUGGUUGGGCACUCUAUUUGGGUUAGGAAUGGACUUUUCUUUUCCACUGUAGAAAUGAUCUUCUUGACUUCUAGUGAAAUUAUCCUCUUCAUAUUUACAUACAUAUAACUUUUUGAAGCUCCAAGGUAUUUGCAUCUGUUCAUUAGGUCUUGGAAGGUCUAUCUAAUGGAUGAGGAGAUGAAUUAGUAUUUCCCUUUACCCUCGCUGAGUCCCUUGAAUGGUUGGGGAGACAGAAGGACUGGGGGCAUGGGCAAAUCCGAGAUGUAGCUUCUUCCUAGAUCAGUUGUUGGUGCAGAAGGGAGCACCGGUUCAGAGAGUGGAAGGAAUUGUUGCUAUCUGGAGCAGUCAUUUCUCACCACUGGCACCCCAAAGACUGAUGCUCAAGGCCCAAGAUAUAGGUAGUGUUACAUACCACAACUGUUGAAGAUUAUAGUAAGAUGGUAUAAAGUGUCAGAAGCACCUUCUUCUCUGGGAUUAAGUUUGUUGGGAGCGAGGGGCUGUUCUCUGUCUAGCUAUUUAUAGAGGAAUAGUUAGAGGGGCCCAAGAAUCACAACCAUGAUGAACUGGGGCCCUGACGUACUAGUGGUGGUGAAGGUACCUCCCAUCGUUCAUUUAAAACUAUUUACUAAGAGGUUAGUAUGUGAAAGGCAUCCUGAAAGGUGCUGGAGAUACAAAGAUAAAAAUGAAAUUGUUCUUGCCUUCAAGGACCUUAUAUUUUUCCUACCAGAUACAAGUGGGUAUCCAAAGGUAUCUAAAGCUGCCUGGAGAGCAAGCGGGCAGGAGAUCUGGUUCUAGGGGAGGGGGCUUCAACCCCCCUCCCCCCUUGGUACAUGGCCCCUUUCUGCUCAAGAUUUAUGCCCUUUUCUCUCUUUCCAUAUGCUAUAUUAUUAUCCCCACAGAUAUAUGUAACCUGGGACCACUAUAGUGUGCCCUGGUCUAAUGCUGUUGUAUAUGCAUGUUCCUGAGUGCCUGCAAUGCACAUGCAUAUGCAAUAAUGUGUCACAAACUGAAAGAAAAUAAAAACUUUUAUAUUUCUUGGA